AUGGAGAAAUUCAGAAGUAUUUUUCUUUUGUGCUUUGGCUUCCUUCUAGUCUAUGUAAGAGGUCAAGGCGAUUUUGAUUUAGCUGAUGCCCUUGAUCACCCAGAUGACAUAAUUACAAGGAAGCCUACAGUGAUCAGAAGACCCACAAGGCCUGUGCUGAACAAUGAUCUACAUUUAGGAGAUGCUCUUGGUGGGGGUGACAUCUCAAGAAAACCUCUAUACCCACCUCUUCCACCACGACCAGGAAGUUAUAGUAAUUCUGGAGGUUUUGAUGACUCAGAUCUCCUUGAUGGGAAGCCUUUACCACCGGUAAUAACAGGAGAAGAGGAGCAUCAUUUCAAUCAUGGAGGAAACACAGAUUCAGGAUUAAUAGCUGGAGUUACAUCGCCUGUAAUUUCUGCCUUUGUAAUAUUGGUUGUUGGAUCGAUAGCAGCCUACUCUGCUUACAAGAAUAAGAGACUUUGUUUCAAACCACGUGGUGGGGCUGCAGUGUAAACCACUGAAGGAAGAGUUGCCCUCUGAUCACAGGCUCCUUUGGUUGGUGACAUUCUACUGUGCUGUUCUGACAAAAAAAAAAUCUUCUUCUAAUGAAUGUUUUGUCGAGACUGCUCUCUCUAACUUGAUGUCACUUUUGUGCCUUGAGCUUCAUGUCAUCAAAGAUAUGCUUAAAACAUCGAGGGAUUGUAUUGCACUAUCUGAUGUGCAUUUAUAAAGGUUGGAUAUGGAUUUUGACUUAGAAAUUAUUUUAAACAAUAAAGAAAUCAAGUGCAUUAUAAGCUAAAAACGGAAAGUUUUGGGUUUGUCAGCAUUUGAGUCAUCGAACAAAUUUCUUUUUCUCUUUUCAAAAUUACCCAAAACACAAUCCCUCUGAUAGAAUAGGAAAAAGGAGUUUGCCAUUUUCAUUCAUGCAU